AUGUUGAAUUUUCUCUUUCCACAGAUGAAACACCAAGAAAAACCACCAGGAGAAAAUCUAACUGAACUGAUGGAAUUUGUUCUCUUGGGCUUUGCUGAUGUUCCCCGUCUCCAAUGGUUCCUAUUUGCAUUAUUCUUAAUCAUCUAUAUCAUUAUCCUGAUGGGAAAUGGCACCAUAUUUCUAAUAACAAAACUGGACCCUGCUCUCCAGGCCCCCAUGUAUUUUUUCCUUGGAAAUUUUUCCUUUGUGGAAAUCUGCUAUGUAUCAGUUACUCUCCCCAGAAUGCUCACGAAUCUUUGGACCCAGAGAAGAACAAUUUCUUUAGUUGCCUGUGCUGCACAAAUGUGCUGCAUUCUUGUGUUGGGAGCCACCGAGUGUUUCCUUCUGGCGGUGAUGGCCUAUGACCGCUGCGUGGCCAUGUGUAAGCCUCUGCAUUAUCCUCUACUCAUGAGCCACAAAGUUUGUGCCCAGCUGGUGGCUGGCUCCUGGGUCAGUGGAGUUCCCGUCCAGGUAGGGCAGACACUUCAGAUUUUUUCUCUGCCCUUUUGUGGUUCUAACCACAUCAACCACUUCUUCUGUGACAUCCCCCCAAUUCUCAGGCUAGCCUGUGGGGACACCUUUGUGAAUGAAUUCAUGGUCUACAUAGUUGCUGUGUUAUUUGUCACAGUACCAUGUCUGUUGAUACUUAUCUCCUAUGGCAAAAUUAUUUCCACGAUCCUUAAAUUGCCAUCAGCCACGAGUCAGUCCAAAGCCUUCUCAACCUGUUCAUCUCAUCUUAUGGUCGUGACAUUGUUCUUUGGAUCAGCCAUUAUUACCUAUUUAGGGCCUAAGAAAAGUCACUCAGCAGGAACUGAUAAAGUGCUUUCUCUUUUCUACACUAUUGUGACUCCCAUGUUUAACCCCAUGAUAUACAGUCUAAGGAACAAGGAAGUCAUUACUGCACUGAGAAAAUUGCUAUGUAAAUGA